UCCAGCAGUCCAGCACCGGCACCAUCGCCUGUGUGGGCCCUCCGGGCAAGCGGCCAUCUGCUUCUCAGGAACCUGCCCCAGUAUAAAUAGUGCGGAAGAAGGGGAGAAGGCUCCUGGCAGCCAGCAUGGCAGCACUGAGGCUCUUCUGUUUCUGCCUGGCACCAGUUGUUCUCCUCGGGGCAGCAGAACUGCAAGUUUCUGCCCUGGAGAGCGCAGAAGACUCUGCCAACUUUGCUGAGGGUGGCUUGUUGCCUGGAGACUCAAGUCUAGUGAAGAAGCAGAGGCUGCUCAAUGGACAAGUGGCUGGGACAGGAAUCCCUCUCCAGUUCUCAGGCAACCAGGAGAAGCCUCAGGACGAUGGCUCCACCGAUAGAGGCCCUGAGGUGGACAGCGCAGAAAGGGGCAAUCUGAAUGAAAAUGGAGCACAUGUGGCUGAGCUAGGGGAAGUCCUGGGCCAAGAGCAGGGGAUGGCUGGUCACGAAGAAGGUGGAAGUAGCUCGGGAGAGCUGGAGCCGGUUCCUGCACUUAGGGUAGAGGGCUUGCAGGGUGAAGAAAAGGUUCCCCCGAAGACAGAGGCUCCUUCUGAGGAAGAUGUCCAAGGUGCUCUCCCAGGAGCAAACCAAGCUGUUUCUCAGGAUCUUCCCCAUUCUUUGGAGGCACAGCUGGAAGAGAACUUCACUGAUUCCCCUGAUGUGGAUAAAAAUUUGGAAGGCAUCUUUGGGGAAGGGCCCUUGGGCAAUCCUUCACCAAGAGAGAAACCCUGGGAGGCGUUCAGUGCUGUUCUGAAGGAUAUGCGUGAAUCAGGAGAGUCAGAGGUGGCAGCAGGUGCCCAUCCAGCACAGGAAGGAGCCACGAAGGAACUGGCAGGGCAUCCAAAAGAUGUGGAGGGCAAAGAACAAGCCUCAGGGGCUGAAGGCGGAGCUGCUGCCCAGCAUCCCAUGAAAGGACUGGGGCUUGGUGAAGGGCAGCCAGAUGGCAACUGGGUAGAAGGUGCAAAGGCCUCUGAAGUGAAGGUGCCUCCAGCAGAGAGAAAGCAACCUAGAGCAGAAGAGAUGGAGAAUGCCUGGAGGGAUCGAUCCCACAUUGAGAGCACCCUGAAGCUGAAGGAAGAGAAACCCGCAGACGACUACUCAGGUACCAUCCUGCAGCGGCUGAGAAAAAUUUAUCAUUCCUCCAUCAAGCCCUUGGAGCAGUCCUACAAGUACAAUGAACUUCGGCAGCAUGAAAUUACAGCUUACCCUGGACGUACCCUGGGCUCUUCAGCCACAGAUGGAGAGAUUACUUCCAAGCCAAUGGUGCUCUUCUUGGGGCCCUGGAGCGUUGGCAAGUCCACCAUGAUUAACUACCUUCUGGGGCUGGAUGACACACCCCAUCAGCUCUACACAGGGGCUGAACCCACCACUUCCGAGUUCACCGUCAUCAUGCACGGCCCUAAAGUCAAGACCAUCGAAGGGAUUGUGAUGGCUGCUGACAGCACCCGCUCGUUCUCCCCCCUCGAGAAGUUCGGGCAGAACUUUCUGGAGAAGCUGAUCGGAAUCGAGAUCCCUCACAAGCUCUUGGAGAGGGUCACCUUUGUGGACACCCCUGGCAUCAUUGAAAACCGGAAGCAGCAGGAGCGAGGCUACCCGUUCAAUGAUGUCUGCCAAUGGUUCAUCGAUCGAGCCGAUCUCAUCUUCGUGGUGUUUGACCCAACCAAACUGGACGUGGGGCUGGAGCUGGAGAUGCUUUUCCGCCAGCUGAAGGGGCGCGAGUCCCAGAUCAGGAUCAUUCUGAACAAGGCGGACAGCCUGGCUACUCAAGAGCUCAUGCGGGUAUACGGCGCCUUGUUCUGGAGCCUGGCCCCCCUGAUUAACGUUACUGAGCCCCCCCGGGUUUACGUCAGCUCCUUUUGGCCCCUGGAGUACCAAGCUGAAACCCACCAGGACCUCUUCUCGAAGGAGGAAAUCUCCCUUCUGGAAGACCUGAACCAGGUGAUUGAGAACCGGCUGGAGAACAAGAUCGCCUUCAUUCGCCAGCACGGCAUCCGGGUUCGCAUCCAUGCUCUCUUGGUCGAUCGCUACUUGCAGACCUAUAAGGACAAAAUGACUUUCUUCAGUGAUGGAGAGCUGGUCUUCAGAGACAUCGUGGAGGAUCCAGAUAAGUUCUACAUCUUUAAAUCAAUCCUGGCCAAGACCAACGUGAGCAAGUUUGAUCUGCCCAACCGCGAGGCCUACAAGGACUUCUUCGGGGUGAACCCCAUUCAAAGCUUCAAGCUGCUUGCGCAGCAGUGCUCCUACAUGGGAGGCUGCUUCCUGGAGAAGAUCGAGAGGGCCAUCACCCACGAGCUGCCUGACCUGCUUGGGAGCAUCGGCCUGGGAAAGAAGCCUGGCGCCCUCUCCUGCGACACCACAGGCUGUGGGGAAACGCCAAAGAACCGCUACAAGAAGCACUAGCGGGUUGCCAGUGUGACCCUCUUGCGCCCCGGGUUGAUGAAUGAGCUUAUGUCUUAUCUGUCCAAGAAGCCAAGGUCUGUUAGCCCUUCUGGGGGCCACAGAAUGAGCAGCUGGGGUCAUAAUGGCAGGGAACUUGGGUGGGCCUAGGGAAGAGAAUAAAGCACUGUGAAUACCUGUCAUGAUUUAAUUUUUGUUACUUAAAAAAGAGGCAAUGUAUCAAGGAGAGGUAAAAUUGGCAGAGGCCUUGCAUAUGCUAAGCAAGAAGGAAGGGCCAGAGCCAAAGGCCUCCUGACCACCAGGGGAAGCAAACAUAGCCCCUCCCUCACAAGCUAUGCCCCACCCUUGUAACCUCUGGCUGCAUUGCAUGGAGUUGAGGAGCACAGGAUUCUUGCACACAACCAGUUUUGACUCACAGGAGGUGCGACACAAGAAGUAAAGGAGCAGCUGGCCAAGGAGGCCUUAUAAGAAAUUUGCAAAGGGCAGCUCUCAGCUUGCCCUGGGUUGCCAGCUCCUCCCCCUCCCCCUCCCCACUGUAGGUUAGCUCCUUUUCUCAGCAAUGAUUUCCCAUCUUGGUGUGCUUUUCCUGAAUUGUUUGGAGAACUCUCUGAAGCGUUGCUCUCUUCUGGGCAAUGUUUUUGCAGAAAGAAGUGCUUUUACCACCAGUUCCCUCAGGGAAAGAGGCUUGUUCCCCAAGGAAGCAGGAUGUCCUUUCCUUCCUUGCCUACUUUAUGUCCUUAAUUUUUUAAAAAUAUAUAUUUCCCUUAGCCUUUUGUUCUCAGGCUUGCUGGAUUCCCCUCAUAUCCCUUCUGCCAUUCCUUCCACACAUCAGUAUUUUGCAAGUCGCAUGGAAUGAAAAGUUUCUGCAACGUGUAUACUUUUGAUUUGCCCAGUUUGGAGUACACAUUGAACCCAUAGGCUGGACAAGGGGAAGCCUCAUCUGUUGAGUUGGAGGCUAGGGUGAAUCUGAAGGGGCAAUGUCGGUUGCCCUGUUCUUGGCAGUGCUGAAAAGGAGGGAAUGAAAAUGUGUGGUUUGCUGGGCAGGAGAGCUUUGGCAGAGAAGACGUAUAUGGGGGGGAGGGGGACAGGUGCCUUGGUUCGGUUGCGAGGAGAAUCCUGCAAGACCCACUGAAUGUAGGAGUCCUCAGCCACGGCCUUGCCAGUCCUUAACAGCUGACUUGUUUGCGUGUUGUGUUAGCAACAUGGCCUGGGAUUGCUUGACAACCAUGUGGACCCCACAACAAUGGGAAUACCAAUAUCUCAGGAGGUAAUUGAUCCUGGAUCUGGGGGCAUCCAUCCUCUGCCCACUCACACGGGGCUGUGACUUGAGAACAGCUGGCUAAUCCAAGGUGACCACCUGUCCCUUCCUGUCUUGGGAAUUUGUGCUCUUGUGGUCCAUGGAUGUUCAGAGGAGGAAGCCUAGCAUCCUCUCCCCCUUUGGUUAAAUGCCAGAUCCAAACCAUCCACCUAUGGUUGUGUGCUUCUUUUGACCAGAGUUGUGGACAGAUGUAUUUAAAGGAAUUACAUAGCUGUGUAAUAGAUUUCAGUGGCUCACAAUAAUAGUCUAUAUUUGGAGACACUAUGUACUUCAGCCCAAUAAAUUCUGGUAUUUUUCAGCCACA